AAAACAUGCACAGCAAUGGAUGGCAAAUCUGUUGCUGUCACUUUGGUUCUCUACUUGGUCUCAAUGGCAGGGUCAGAAGGUAAGGCCUUGGAGGAGACAGAUGAAAGAGGCUCCCAAUGCCAGUGCAUAAGCACUCAUUCCAAGUUCAUCCCUCCCAAGACUAUUCAGGAUGUGAGGUUGAGCCAAAGAGGACCUCACUGCAAACAUGUGGAAAUCAUAGCUACGCUGAGGGAUGGCAGGGAAGUGUGCGUGGAGCCCGCUGCGCCCUGGAUCCGGCUCACUGUAAAGGCUCUGCUGGCCAGGGCCAGGGACACUGUUGAGUCACCAGUCAAAGAAAAGUCAAGGAAGAAUAAACCUUGGAUUUCUGCAAGGUCAUGA